GACAAAAAGCUGUGUUAGGGAAAUCUUAAUGUUUCUUAAAUCUAGUAGACAAUAUUAUCAUCCCAACAAAUCCAGUACGUUCAAUAUCCGCUUCUUAGCAGUAAAUAAAAAUCAGGAACAGCGAUUGUAUUUAGACAGGUGUUCAAACAGGGUUUUGUUCAAAGUGUUCACAAAACCUUCAUUAGAGUCGAAAUCUUCAUAGGAAACAUACGCGCUUUCAACCAUGUUCCACGUUGUAAUGUCAUUUGUGGUGAUUUCAUCGGUUCUUGUCGCCGGUGGACCACCUAAGAAAAUUCCCCCCGCCACUACCGUAACCCUUUCCACCAGUCAAUUCAACAAAACCGAACACCAGGAUCGCGUCAGAAACAUCCUGCUGUACAGUCCGGUGCAGGUUUUUGCCCCCAAAUUCCGGAUCGUCUCGGCAACGCAGGAACAGGUCGUUGGCACCGUUCACUACCGCUACCGGGUCGUGUUCGCGGACGAUCCCCGCCAGAGACCGUGCGAGCUGGCGUCGUCCGAACCUCCGCGGAAGAUGCGCAAGUUGAUGCUCGAACCGCCAGUGGUUUCGUACACGUGUUCGUACAACCCUGGGAAGAAUGUUCUCCCGGGGGUACACUGUCUCGGCUGUCCGGAGGUGCUGUCUCGCGAGGAACUUGCAAAGGACGUUCACGAGGACAGAGUUGAGCGGAUCUUGCAGUCGGAGGGCAUCGAGGAUUAUAGCGACUUGACAAUCAUCGGCGGAGUCAGUGAGGCAGGUGCUGGAACCAAGUACAAGUACAACGUGGAGUUCGUCGCGGGUGGUAGUCCGAUAGCGUGCGCAUUGACAGCUCAAGAAAAUUCUCGUCUGACAGAUCCGGCCGAGCGUCGCCAGUAUUCGUCUCUUUGCAGCAAGAUACCCAUGUCGUACUAGUUGCUUGUGCACAUGUUACGUUCAGAAUAAACGGUAAUCAUGCCCGCCCUUGA